UGGACACGCGCACUUGCACAGAUUGCGGUUGCGUCUCAUAUAUGAAGAGACUCUUCACACCACAAUCAUCAAAAGAAUUCAUCUGGAAAAACUGCACUCAGUUCCAAGAUUGCUCAAUAAUGCUGCACGCUCACUUGUGAAACUUCAGCGGACACGCAUGAGGAUCAGAGCGAUUUCUGGCUUUGAGUCUGUGAAGGAAAUAUGAUGCUUAAUUUAUUAUUUCAGAGCGCAUGUAAAAAGUGAAUAAUCCAUUCGCAGUCUACUUCAUCCAGGACGCCCUUCAUCCAGCAUGCUCACUCUGACAGUAGUAUUUCUUCUCGUGGGCGAAGUCUUGUCUACACAGAAUUCAUGUCCUUCAGGGACGUUCACCACCAGUGGGGAGUGCUGCAAACAAUGCCAACCCGGGGAAGGGAUGGUGAUGCCCUGCGGAGCGACACAGACAGUGUGCGAACCGUGUCUUGACAGUGAGACAUUCUCAGAGAACUUUAGCCACACGGAGCAGUGCCAGCCGUGUACACCAUGUUCUGAAUUCACACGCAUGCUGACGCCCUGCACUGAUGCCAACGACGCGGUGUGUGUCUGCGAAUAUGGGUCCUUCUUCAGCAAAGUGACGAGCCGCUGUGAGGCCUGCACGAUGUGCCCUGUGGGCCAGGGUGUGCUGAUGCGCUGUAAUUAUGAGCGUGACACGGUGUGCGAGGAGUGCGUGGAUGACACGUAUUCAGAUCAGGAGACCUCUUUUGACCCCUGCAUGCCCUGCACCGUCUGCGAUCAGCCUGAGAUGGAGUUGAAAAGCUGCACGCCUGUCAGUGACGCUGUCUGCCAAGAUGUAGAUCCUCCUAACAGCUCAACCUUUCCUUCUCCUCUUCCAUAUGCUACACCUUCUCCUCCUUCUUUUUCGUCUCCCUCUUAUUCUUCUUCUCGUGCUCCAUCAGAUGUCUUGUAUACAGUCAAGUCUCCUCCUGACAGUCCUACGGAGAGCGUGACCACGGCUGACCCUGGGCUGAAGAGACUCCAUGGGCUGAGUGACAACCUCAUUCCCAUCUACACCUCUAUACUGGCCGCAGUGCUGUUGGGCCUGGUGGCCUUCAUCAUCUUUAAACGGUGGAACAGUUGUAAGCAGAACAAGCAAGGAGCCAAUAACAGAGCGUGCAGUGCAAAUCCCAGUCAGACCCCUUCUCCUGAGGGAGAGAAACUCCACAGUGACAGUGGCAUCUCAGUGGACAGCCAGAGCUUACAGGAAGGCCAGGGGCCUCUACAUACAGUGGUCAAGAUAGAUGGAGGUUCGGCCCUGUCCUUGCCCUUACACAAACGGGAGGAGGUUGAGAAACUGCUAAAUCGUACCUGUGAAGGGGAGGAGUCAGGAGCCAAUGAGGAAACCGAUUGGUGCAGCCUGGCAGGUCUACUUGGAUACAAAGAAGAACACAUUGCUAAUUUCAGGCAGGAAGAAAGGCCCAUCCAGGCCCUUCUGUCUCAUUGGGCGAGCCAGGAUUCGGCUAAUAUUGAUACGCUUUGCACAGCACUGAAGAAGAUCAAUAGGGAGGAUAUCGCGCAGAGCAUCACAAUGAAACCAACUGCUACAUCCACCGUAUGAGAAAACAUGAGCUUGCAAACACACACAUGCUCCCAAGCGCUCAAAUACACACCUUACAUUGCCUUCAGCAUACUUCGAUGUUGAUGUAUCACCUGUGAAGUUGAUGUAUCACUAUAUCCUUAACUUUAGGCUGUAAACUCAAGUGUCGUUUCCCUUUACCCUUGAUUAUGGCCAAACUGUGCGCAAAGAAUGCACAAUUUAGUAAAUAUUGUUUGCAUGUUCCUUUAAUUUGAGGAAAGCCAUACGGACGCGAACAUGGAUAUUCAUGUCUUUCCUGAAGAAAUUCACCAUAAAUGACUCAUCAAAUCAAAAUCAUUCAUUUUAUGUUUAACACAUUCCAACAUCACAACUAUACAAACUACACACCACAUCCAUAUUUAGCAUACCGGUUAUUAUGCUUAGGUAUGAGUUAAAAAAAAUGUUUUUUAGCAUUCUUUAAUCCACUUGUCUGUCUCUGUACGGGAACCUCUAUGUAACAUCCAUAAUGCAAAUGCUAAUGAUAUUUCAUAUGUGGCCAGUUCAGUCAUUGUCUAUGCAUUGAGUGUACCAUAACCACAAACCAUAUCCACUGAUUAUAUCCUGUCAGAGUUUGACCUCUGACCUCUCUUGUACACAGUCAAUGUGCUCCUGUGCGUUAAAUACAGUAUGAGAAGAGCCAGUCAUAGAAAAAUGAAUAAGAGAAGUCAUAACCCUCAAUUUGGAGACUGUAAAAAUUGUGGAAAUUGACAGUUUUUCUGUCAUGUUAGCUAAAGAACCUAGAUUUAUGAUGCCAUUAUAGUCAGAUUUUUGCUUAUUUGAUUGUAAACUAAACCAUGAGCCCUGAUUUCGUUGCCAGGUGGUAUUAGGGAGAGGGAUAUUCUCAUCAUAGAUAGCAUUGGAUUGGACCAAAAAUUGUGGUCCAAAAAUUGUGAUUUAAAUGUAGUAAAAAUAUCUGGUAAAUGUUUAUUUUAAUGUCAACUUAGAAGUAUACUGGCAUAUAGAUGAACUAAAAGUAUUCAUGGGUCUUUAAAGCGACUCUGACAUGAGUAAUCAACUGUGUUUCUUGGUUCCAGGUCUAGCUCCUCCAUAUCUCAUCUUUUGAUGUGUCAGUAACAAAGAGGAAUGUUUCAGUAAGAGUUAAACUGUCAUGUAGACAUUGUCAAUUUUUCCCUUUUUUUUUUUUCGAGAGAUGCAAUGGUGAAAAAAGAAACAUUAGAGAAGGGUAAAAAAAAUUGGAUAAACUUUAAAAAAAAAAAAACAGUUUACAGCCAGUUUGUUAUAGCCAAAAUUAUUUAUGAAUUUUGAAUUCUUAAUAAUUAAAACUAUUUCUUCCCAACUACAAAAACAUUCAAACUAUUAUUUAAAUCAUACCAUUCUUAAUCGAUUCAUUUUCUUUAUACAUAAGCCAAAAUGUUACUUAAUGUGGGUCAAAAUAAUAUAUAUUUUUGCCUUUUUACAACUUAUCUCCUUAUGUAAAUAAAAUGUAGUUUUGCAGUUUAUUUGCCAAUGUUUAUUGGCCCAAGUUAAAAGAGCCAAACCCAAAAUCUCUCUGACAUUGUAGUCUUGUGGCUUGUCCAAAUUUCGAGAAAAAUUAUAGCAAAAAUUGUAAUUGAUGUAUAAUUUUCACCCAAAUUUGUUCAGACCCCUAAUCCUAGAGCAAUAGUAUUAGCAAUGGCAGAAACACCACUAAUGUGUUCAUUUUAUGUUGUCUUUAUCAGUGUUUGUUCUGUCUGCAUCUCAUUCUAGAUGGAAUUAAUAAGCAGGAGGUUUUGUCAUCCUGGUGGUCCGGCUGAAAGAUGAUAGCAGUUUCCUUUUUUGUUUUUUUACUUUUGGCUUUAUUACAGCGGUAACAUGACACCGGUCACUACCUGGCUCAGGUCAUCACCAUGACAAAAGCGCUUGGCCAUGCAUUCUGUGACCCAGAUAGAAAAAUGUUAAAGACACAAGACACAUAUCUGCUCAUAAACACACACCAAAGAAACAAGCUUCCCCAUAAAAUUAACCGGUGACUGAUAUGAGCGUUUAGUGUGAUUAAAAGCGACUCUUUUGAAGGCACAAUAGAGGGUUCCCACGGUCAUGGAAAACCUGGAUAUUUCAGGGAAUUUUAGGGGUGAUUGGACGUUCAUUGGUCAAAACAUGUGGGAACACUGAAGGACUUAGAAACAAUUUAAAUCUGUUCAUUUGUGCAACUGAUAUAUUUGGUUCAAAUACUGACAUUGGUGUAGGAUACAGUGGACUUUAGAAAUCUCCAGGGCUUUGUGAUGUCUCAGGGUUUGUUCGGAGAUAUGCCCAUCUAUCACUAUUCCAUAUUAUUUCUAUAUUUCUAUACAAGUUUCUGUAUAUCAGUGGCCUUAUAAUGGAGUGUUAUAAUGGAGGCUGCAGGAAGCAUUAGCUGAUCUUCUGAACUUCAGCACAGACAUUUGGACUAAAUUUUUUUAUUAUUAUUAGGAUGGGAGAUGGUCAGACAAGGGAGAAAUGUUUGAUGUAAUUAUGCAAAAGAUAUAAAACAACAGUAAAAUUCUCUAGCUGCAUGAUUGUCAGUAUUCAUAGAUAUUUGUGAUGUUCAUUCAGUUCGAAAAGCGAUGCAGCAGCGUACAUUAUUAAUAUAUUUGAAUAUUACAGUCAGCCUAAAUACUGAAGAAAGACACUUUUAAACUUUAUGGCCAUACAUUUUUCAGGAAAAAAAUGCAAAUACAAUGUGAUUUGUAUCUUAAAAUGAAGGCAUUCUCCAUUUCUGGAUGUGAUUUUUUUUUAAUGUAUUUUAUUUUCUACAAGAUUAGAGUGUAGCACUUACAAAGUAUAAUAUACAUUUUGUAUAACAAAUACCUGAGAUUAAUAUCAGGUCUGUGUUGUUUUUUUCUGUUCAGUAUGUACAUAAUUUCCCUGUGUUUCCUGUUUUUAUUAUUCUUUUUUUUUUAAAUUGUUCUGGAGGUCAAUAUCAAACAAUCCUGCAACCAUAAACCCAACAAACUAAAAGAAAGUCACAUGAUUUGCCACUGUUCUUCAACCUUUAUACUACUUUGCUGUUUUUUCAUGUAUGAAAUCAUUUUGAUUAUUUGACAAAUGUGCCAUUUUGGUUUGAAUUUAUUUUUGUAGUGUUACACACAAUAUCAGAGCAAUUAUCUCUGAGAUGGAUGUAAUAAUGUGGCACAUUGCUCUCUGACAAUCACACUUGUGCAGUUAUUGGACAUGGAGUUGCUCAGAAACCCCUAAUAACCAGAGACUGAAUCUUGGACUUGGUAUGAGCUUUGUGAGAUGAGUAUGAGGAGCAUGAGAUGGUGAGCAGAUGUUUUGUUGGGUUUAUUUGGACACAGGUUCUGCAGGAAGAAACAAUACUGAAUGUUACAUGUAUUUACUGUUAUGUACACUGUAUCAUAUAAAUGUGAAUUUACUAGAAUUCAUAAAGUAGGUUUAAUGCAGUUACUAUUACAAAUAAGUAAUAAACUAAAUAAGAUUGCAACUGGA